CUUCCGGCAACAGGCUUGCCAUCCACACUUCUUGCGGCCGCAGGCCCGAGCAAUCGAUGAGCCAGCGCGACAUACUCGUCCACGACAGAACCCGGCUGAGCGCUGUCCUCGAGAGGUCGGCCGCCUCAGGUGCUAUGCCUCCGGUUCCAGCUAUCUCCUUCCCUCCUAUUUCGCUCGCACCUGUUCCAGGGCCGGCAGCGCCACCGUCCGCGACAAUCCCCGACCGCCCUGACCUCGAAACGGUGGAGUUCGUCGUCGUUGUCGGCUUCGGCACCCCUGCCCAGCCAUCCACCCUCAUGUUCGACACCGGCAGCGACGUGUCGUGGACUCAGUGCCAGCCAUGCACGGGCCACUGCUACAAGCAGGAGGGUCCUCUCUUCGACCCAUCCAAGUCCUCCACCUACGGCGUCGUGCCCUGCGGCGCGGGGGCGUGCAAAUUUGCCGGCGGCAGGUGCAACGGCACCACCUGCCUCUACAGCGUCCACUACGGCGACGGCUCGUCCACCGCCGGCGCUCUCUCCGAGGAGACGCUGACGUUCACCUCCUCACGCGCUUUCUCCAGCUUCGUGUUCGGAUGCGGCACCACAAACCUCGGCGACUUCGGCGAAGUCGACGGGUUACUCGGCCUCGGCCGCGGCAUGCUCUCGUUGCCCUCACAAACCACUGAAUCAUUCGGAGGCUCAUUCUCGUACUGCCUGCCGUCUUUCAACAGCACGCCCGGGUACCUCAGCAUCGGCACGACGCCGGUGAAGGGCCAGGUCCAAUAUACUGCAAUGAUCAAGAAGGCAAUGUACCCGUCUUUCUACUUUGUCGAGCUCACAUCCAUCAACAUCGGAGGCUAUGUUCUGCCGGUGCCAUCCACCGUGUUCACCAAGACGGGCACCCUGCUCGACUCCGGCACAAGCCUCACGUACAUCCCCGCAAAGGCCUACGCCUUGCUCCGCGACAGAUUCAAGUACACCAUGCAGGGGAACAAGCCCGCGCCGGGAUUCGACGAACUCGACACCUGCUAUGACUUCUCCGGCCAGAGCGCCAUAGUCAUACCGGCGGUGUCCCUCAUAUUCAGCGACGGCGCCAUUUUCGACCUCAACUUCUACGGGAUCAUGAUAUUCCCCGACCAGACGCAGCCGGCCGUCGGCUGCCUCGCCUUCGUUGGGAGUCCCGCGGGGAUGCCCUUCUCCGUCAUCGGCAACACGCAGCAGCGUUCCACCGAGGUCAUCUACAACGUUGGAGGGCAGAGGAUUGGUUUUGUUCCCAACAGUUGCUAA